AUGGCUGAUGUCCGUGCUCUUCUCGCUGCGGAGCGGCAGUCACGACGAAUCUCUCAUCCUCACCUCUCCUACACCAAAACCGGACUCAUAUGUACACUAUGCAAUCUGAACGUCAAGUCCGAAACACUGUGGGAAGGUCAUCUCAGAAGUGCCAAUCACCGAAAAAAUGCCCAGGCUAGUCAGGAGAAUACUACAAACAAAGGUGUCAAGAGGAAGCUUGAAGAUGUGGAUGAGGCACCAGAGGAGCACGAUGAGGCUGACACAGAUGCGAGAAAGAAGCCGAAAUCGCGGCCGGAGAGUGUGGGCACACAUGCAGAAGACCGACAGGCCCAGACAGAGCUCGAAGACUCGGACCAGCCAGGCGAAGAUGACACUCCCCUAGAGGGUGGUCCCAAAGAUGCGCCCUCCGUACAAGGCACAUCUGCUAAGAGCCCGACUGUGGACGAGGCUGAGUGGGCUGCCUUCGAGGCGGAGGUUGCUCCCCUAAAGGCCGCGCCGGCCGAUUACGUCUCUCACACGAUAAUCGCGGCACCAGUCACUGCAGCACAGAUGGAGGCACAGGCAGCUGAAGACGGACGAAGGAAAUUGGAAGUCGACGCAGACGCGGAGAAGGAAGACGAGGAAAGAAGGCUGGAAGACGAGUUCGAGGUUAUGGAGGAGAUGGAAGAGCGUGUCCGCAGACUUCGAGAAAAGAGGGAUGCUCUGAAACAUGCUGUGCUCGCAGGAAGAGACACUGGUCAAAGCGACCAUGCGAAAAGUGUCAACGGAAUCGGCGAUGGGGUCACUCCGCAGGUCGCGGAUGUGCCUGACAACGAUAAUGAAGAAGACGAUGCUGAAGAAGAAGAAGAAGAAGAUGACUGGUACGCAUGA